AUGGGAGUGAUGGAGGCCACAGCUCUGGGAAAGAAGCUGUUCUUCAGUCUGUUGGUGCGGGAUUUUAUUGACCUGAACCGUCUGCCGGACGGCAGCGGUUCGAACACAAGAAGGAACACUUUCUUUCGGAAAAGGCGGCUUAUAGCAAGACGUAAUAGAGAAGAAGCUCAUGGGAGACUUAUGGCAAUCGCAGAAAGCGGCAGAGACUACUCCAGCACGACUCAACGCUACUCUUGGGUCGAGAACUUCAGGAUGUCAGAGGAAACCUACGUCUACCUGUGCAACAAACUGCGGCCAGCGAUGGAGAGACAGGACACAGCAUUCCGCAAGUGUAUACCUCUAAAGAAGAGGGUGGCCAUCGCACUGUGGAAGCUUGCGACCGGCUCAGAGUACAGAAGCAUUGGACAUCUUUUCGGAGUGAGCAACACAACUGUGUGCCGGUGUGUGCAAGACUUCUGUGCUGCUGCAGAGACGUUGUUAGUACCGGAACUAAUUUGUUCACCAGACCGGGAGAAGUUUGCAGAAAUGGCCGACUACACUGAGAACAGGUGGGGGCUCCCACAGUGUGUAGGUGCUAUUGAUGGAUCACACAUACCCAUCUUGGCACCACAGGAAUACCACUGCGACUAUUUCAACCGUAAAGGCUGGCACUCCAUCAUCCUUCAAGGAGUUGUAGAUGGAAAGGGACAUUUCUGGAAUGUGUUUGCAGGAAUGCCUGGGAGCUUGCAUGAUGCUCGGGUUUUGAGGCUGUCCUCAUUGUGGGAGUUGGCCAGUCGAGGCAACUACUUUCCACCUUGCACCAGGAACAUUGGUGGGGUGAAUGCUGGCUAUUACAUCCUGGGAGACAAUGCCUAUCCCUUGCAAAACUGGCUCAUGAAAACGUUCCCUGACAAUAGACAGCUGACAGCAGAACAUGUGAUCUACAACAAGAACAUUUGCAGAGCACGGGUAGUGGUCGAAAACGCUUUUGGUAGACUGAAGGGAAGGUGGCGUUGCCUCAUGAAAAGAAAUAACUGUGAUGUGAAACUUGUGGAAUCUAUGGUGCUGACAUGCUGUGCUCUGCAUAACCUCUGCGAGAGUCAUGAAGAGGCCUAUGAUGAUGAAUGGGAUGCACCAGCAGCAGCAGUGGCACAAGGUGCAGAGGAGGGGGGCACUGAAAUAAGAGAGGGUUUGAUGCGCUACCUGAAUAGCAAUUGA